GUCAUAUCGAUACUUCUUCCAGCUCUAUACACUGCUUCUCUCGCUCUUCCGCCCGCAACUAAAACUCUGGAUCCGCGAUAAAUGUUAAAAAAAUAAAGACACCGCUCUAAUUAAAUGGCCAACCACAAGUGUACAGUGCGCGCAAUGCAUUUAGUGAUCAGUGAAGAGUGAUAUCCGAGAUCGGGGCACAAAGCCAAGAUCGCCAUUGAGCAAUCCGGGAACGGCGUCUGUUGAAAAGGGACGCUGCUGCAACCAGAAAAAGGAGUGGUAGCUUGCUGGUCUAUGGAUAAAACUUUACUCUAUCACUGGUGGCCCGCCCCAAAGGAACCUCCGCAUCCGUCUAAAUAUACCUUCAAGUCCGCUCCUGGCGAGCCUCCCCAGUAAAAUCGGCGGAAUCGGGCCAAGAAGAGAAUCACAUGAGGUGAACAAUACAGAUUGGUUGUGCGCCAAUUACACAUUCACAUGGAUAAACUGUAGCAGCCACACCAUCAGCCCCACAGGAUCCAGAGCAACAGCAGCAAUUUCAUGGUAAUUGUCCCCCGUCAGCGUCGAUAAGAAAGACUUCGAAAAAUACCUGAGCAGCCAGAGAUUAAGUGACACCACCUCCACCUUCCACUUGCAUUUUUUGUUUGUUGUAGCCACGCUCAGCGAAAGCAGUCGACAGCAGCAACAACAGCAAUAUGUAGGCGCUCCUCAGCAGCAACACAUGAAAAACAACAACCAAGAACAGCAACAACAACAACAACAACUACUACUACUCCCAACAACAACCAAUAACUCCCAUAAACAACACAACAACAAGAACAUCAUUAGGAUAUUAAAAAACAGGGAACGAGCAACGCCACAACGAUCGCCCGGAUCUGGACACAAGAAUGCAGCACGUGAGCGCUGCCAGCUCGGUGCCAUCAGUAGUAACUCCUGUUGUGACCACUGGUGGGACAACGAUCACCUUGGGCGGACCACCACCGCUCCCUAAAUCCGAGCACAAAGAGGAUGGCAAGCCGCCGCACGGCAUCGAAAUGUACAAGGUGAACAUUGAGGACAUUUCGCAGCUCUUCACGUACCACGAGGUCUUUGGCAAGAUCCACGGCGAUGUGGUCAAUCAUCAAUUAGCAGCGGCCCACGGAGGUCAGUUGCCACCACCUCCUCCGCUUCCGCCGCAGGUUACCAGCCAUGCGGCAAGUGCAGCGGCAGCCGCAGCAGCGGCGUCCACGAAUAAUGCUGCCGUUGCAGCGGUAAUGGCAUCAGCGAAUGCAGCAGCGGCCGCGGCGGCAGCUGCAUCGGCGGGGGGAGGACUACCGCCGGCCACCAGCGGCAAUGGGGGCCAGCAGGUGACGGUGACGACGACCAGCAGCUCGACUAGCAGCGGCGGGAGCACCACCAGUGGGGGCACCACGACCACGGCGGGUGAGUUGCUUAUGCCUAAAAUGGAGGGCGGCAUUCAUGGCGUGGACGGCAGCGGCAAUGGCGGCAAUGGUGGCGGGCAAAACGUGGCGCUGGCGCCAGACGGUACGCCCAUUGCGACGGGGACGCACGUCUGCGACAUCUGCGGCAAGAUGUUCCAGUUCCGGUACCAGCUGAUCGUGCACCGACGCUACCACAGCGAACGGAAGCCGUUCAUGUGCCAGGUGUGCGGCCAGGGGUUCACCACGUCGCAGGAUUUGACGCGCCACGGCAAGAUCCACAUUGGCGGGCCCAUGUUCACCUGCAUCGUGUGCUUCAAUGUGUUCGCGAACAAUACGAGCCUGGAGCGGCACAUGAAACGGCACUCGACGGACAAACCGUUCGCCUGCACCAUUUGCCAAAAGACCUUUGCCCGCAAAGAGCACCUGGACAAUCACUUCCGCUCGCACACGGGCGAAACGCCCUUCCGUUGCCAGUACUGCGCCAAGACGUUCACGCGCAAGGAGCACAUGGUCAACCAUGUGCGCAAACACACGGGUGAGACGCCACAUCGUUGCGAUAUUUGUAAGAAGUCCUUUACGCGCAAGGAACACUAUGUUAACCACUACAUGUGGCACACUGGUCAAACGCCACACCAGUGCGAUGUCUGCGGCAAGAAAUACACGCGCAAGGAGCACCUAGCCAACCAUAUGCGAUCCCACACCAACGAGACGCCGUUCCGUUGCGAGAUCUGCGGCAAGAGCUUUAGCCGCAAGGAGCACUUCACCAAUCACAUACUUUGGCAUACAGCAGGCGAGACGCCGCACCGGUGCGACUUCUGCUCCAAGACGUUUACGCGCAAGGAGCACUUGCUUAACCACGUGCGCCAGCACACGGGAGAGUCGCCACACCGCUGCUCCUACUGCAUGAAGACGUUCACGCGCAAGGAGCACCUGGUCAACCACAUACGCCAGCACACGGGUGAGACACCGUUCAAGUGCACGUACUGCACGAAAGCGUUCACGCGCAAAGAUCACAUGGUUAAUCAUGUACGGCAACAUACAGGCGAGUCGCCGCACAAGUGCACGUACUGCACCAAGACGUUUACGCGCAAGGAGCACCUGACGAACCAUGUGCGCCAGCACACGGGCGACUCCCCGCACCGCUGCUCCUACUGCAAGAAGACCUUUACGCGGAAGGAGCACCUGACGAAUCAUGUGCGCCUCCACACGGGCGACUCGCCGCACAAGUGCGAGUAUUGCCAGAAGACGUUUACGCGAAAGGAGCACCUCAACAAUCACAUGCGCCAGCAUUCGAGCGACAAUCCGCAUUGCUGCAACGUUUGCAACAAGCCGUUUACGCGCAAGGAGCACCUGAUCAACCACAUGUCCCGGUGCCACACCGGUGACCGGCCCUUCACCUGCGAGACGUGCGGCAAAUCGUUCCCGCUCAAGGGCAAUCUGCUCUUCCAUCAGCGCAGCCAUACCAAGGGCCAGGAGAUGGAGCGGCCAUUCGCCUGCGAGAAGUGCCCCAAGAACUUUAUCUGCAAAGGUCACUUGGUCUCGCACAUGCGCUCCCAUUCGGGUGAGAAACCACACGCGUGCACACUGUGCAGCAAGGCGUUCGUCGAGCGCGGCAAUUUGAAGCGCCACAUGAAGAUGAAUCACCCGGAUGCUAUGAUGCCGCCACCACCCGUGCAUCCGCAUCCGCAAAUACCGGCUGGUGUGCUGACGCAAGUCAAGCAGGAAGUGAAACCGAUCAUAAUUCCCCAUCACUCGGCGACCACCACGAUGCACACCAUCCAGCAGAUCACGGCGGGAGCGGCGGGCGCAGGAGGUGCGGUCCAGUUAACUCCGGGUCUGGUGCCUCUGGUUACCUCCACGCUCAUCUCGCAUAAUGCGGCUGCCCAACAGCAGUCGCAGAAACAGCAAGCAGCCGCUGCAGCAGCUGCACAGCAACAGGCCGCAGCCGCCGCUGCUGCCCAACAGCAAGCAGCCCAGCAACAGGCGGCUGCUGCACAUCAGCAGCAUCAACAACAAGUGGCCGCCCAACAUCAACAGCAGGCUGCGGUGGCUGCUCAUCAGCAGCAGCAACAGCAGUUGCAGCAGCAGCAACAACUGCUUCAGUUGUCCAUCCAACAGGCGGCUCACCAUCACCAGCAGGAGCAGCAUCGUCAACAGCAGCAACAGCAACACCAGCAGCAACAACAGCAGCAGCAUCACCAGCAACAACAGCAGGGUCAUCCCCAGGCCCCGCCACCACAGCAGCAACAGCAGCCGCCGCCCAUUGCCUUGAUCAGUGACCCAAGUGCUCUGGCACGCGCCGCCAUCCAGCUGCAGCAUCUGCCUGCGAACGUAGAACAGCACCCGGUUGUUUAUUAACAGUAGCCCCUCCUGCACGGUUACACUCCCACCACAGCUCACUCCAGCAGCACGACCAGCACCUCAAUAGCUGCCACUGCGUCGUCGCAAGCGGCAUGGUGAAGGCAAGCGUGCCACCAGUGAGCCAGUGCUAGUGAGCCGAGCUGACGCGACUUCUCUAAAUAGGACACACACCAUAACAAGCGCACCCCAUAUAAGCAGCUAGUUGUAUGUACAAUAGUUUUAACAGCGCGCUGGUUACGCUGAUCUGUGGCCCCAAGUGGAAUCGUGGUAUGCAGGGUUUCUAGGGUGUGACGAUUUUUACAGCAAGUGUUGGUAGAAAAAUUUUACUUUCGGGACGAAAUGGUACAGUCCUGUCUUCAAAACCCCGAUAUCCAAGUGAUUUCCAUUAAAUAUUUCGUUGGCAAAUAUUCAUAUUUUUAUUCGUAAAAUAUUCUAAACAAACAAUUUGAAAUCAAGUCACCCUAGAAACUCAUUGAGCUUCUCCGCAAUCGCAAUCAAGUUAAACACUUCUCAACUAGUCUGCCGCCGCCAGCUUUAACGUGCAAUACGAAUCAUCUCAUAGUUUGUUCUUGGUAUCUCUCUUUUUGUGUAUCUUUAAUGCUUAGGCGCAUAGCGUCUAAUUUUAUUCACGUGUUUUCAACAUUUUUGAAAUGUGUGCCAGGCGGCGCGUGAUUUUGUUUGGGUCGAUCGAUUUGGUUUUGUGUGAUAUCCAGUUGUUCCUAAGCUGCGCUCAGUGAAACCAACGGACACAAGAACCAAUCCGACUCAGCCAAUUUUCUCGCUAGACACUUUAAGAAAGGGGUUUUUGUUGCCGUAACCAGCAAAAGCGCACCAUCUUAUAUUUUUAUUGUGUUUUGACUAAGUUAUGAUUAUAUCCAUAUGGAGCGACAUUCAUAGAAAGCAUCCUCAUCAUACAUAAACAUAUGCAGAUAUGCAUAGGCAUAAAAUUAUAAUAUAUACUUAUAGUUUGUAAAUAACACGCAACAAGACCCUUGGAAAUCUAUCGAAAAUUGUUAUCACAAUUGUAUUAUUUUUGCAUUUUCCAAGGAGGAUCAUUGAUAACGAGCAAACGCGCGAAAACUUUCACAUAUAUUGGCCAAGUGUAGUCCUUAACCCAGUUUACAAUAUAUCAAGCCCUGAAAGAGUGGGGCUGUGAUGAUUACGAGAUAUAUAUUAUUAUAUGACAGCGGAAACAGAAGCAGCAUAACGGCAGACCCAACUAACGAGAUAAUGAAAAGGGAUUAAACAAACAAGUUAUUAUAUUUAAUGUUAGUUGAACUACUAAAAGUAAUAAUUGAAAACGCGGAUCGGAGAAGUGGAGAAGCGAGAUCCCGCAUAGGAAAGCGAGUAGUUUUUAGUUGGGCGCGUCGCCCAAUCAUUAUGAUUACAAUUACAAUUACGAUUAUGAUAUAUGAAUACUAAACCUAUAACAACAAGUUAUUACCCCACUAUUAAAGUUAACAAGCAACAACAACAACCCAUACAUAUACAUAUAUACGACUAGGCACAACUCUAAAAUUAAUUAUAACCCUUAACUGUGCUUGUGUUGAAAACAACAAACAUUAAGAACAAGUUAGAACCGUAACGAAAUAAAAUAAAAUGAAACAAUUAACGAGAAAGCCCCAAGCGCCACAAGCAACAACAUAUCUGCUUUAAAUUUUACAACAAAAACAAAAUGAAAUCUAAAAAAAAAAUAUUAAACACGAGUCAAAGUUUAAUAAUUUAGUAAGAAAACACACAAUACACAGACAAACUGACAGACACACGACCCACACAUUAUGCUUCCUUUUAAAUGCAACAUUUUAUGCAUUUAAUUAUCAACAAUUAAAUGCUUAAAAUACAAUUUUAAUUUAAUUUAACAAACUGUAACUGUACACGAAUAAACGGAAAAUGUAAAACUGUUUGUUUCACCAUUUAAAGACACAACUUGGUUUUAUUUAGCCUAAUUUAAUUUAUUUACGAUCAUCGCAGCAAAGUGCACAUUUUAAAUACACUUAGAAUGCAGGGAACAAUUGAAAAUUGUAAAAAAAUUAUCAUUGAUAUGCAUGUAUUUUGCUUUCACACUGAAAAUUCUCGUUUUCGAAGUUGCAAACGCACUAUCACACCUCUAUGAUUAUGUAGUUGAGUAUCCGUGUUAGUUUUGGGUGUUUUUGGAUUUUUGGUGAUGUGUAUAGAGCGCAGUAUAUAGAAUGCAUAUAGAGAUAUAUAUUAUUGUACGAUUAUUGACUAAUAUAUAACGGAUAUGUGUGCGUAGUACGUGGAGGGCAAGUUUAAGGAGAACAUUCACUUGUGUUGCAAUAUUAAUGAACAAACGAAUUAAUUUACUUGUAAGUUGCGUAGUGCAAGCCGUGAGAAUAGAGGUAACUUUCUCCACCACACACUCACUGAUCGACAGACACACACCCAUUAACCUUAAUGAUAAACCGCUGGGAUGGCGCUGAAAAUGUUUCCUAGGAGAAAUGAACAGAAGCUGAAGAAAACGCUUGGAACGCCCCAAUUAACGUAAACAUUAAAAGCAACAAACAGUAACAAUACUAAAUAGAAACAAUAAUGUACUAUAAAUCAGAUACAAUACAACACUAUAUAUACCUAAAAUAUAUAUGCCUAUACGACAGAAAUUGGACAACAAAUGAAAUAUAUAUAUAUAUAUAGUAUAUAUUGUACAAGUUACGAGUAAAAUGUAAUUAAAAUUUAUGAAGUAGUAAGCACUAAACAAAACAAAUAAAUGAGCAGCAAAAACGCGCAGCAUAAGCAUAAA